GUAAACUCGAUUCAUCAGUGCAUCUACGCUACGCUCAAGCCGACAUCACAGCCGCUCAACACUCGCCUAAGAAAAUGACUUUAAAGGCAGAAUUCGAUCAAUAUGCAGAGGAUGUGAAGAAAGUCAAGACCAGACCUACAGACCAGGAGCUGCUGGAUUUGUACGGCCUCUACAAACAAGCUGUUGUUGGGGAUAUUAAUAUUGAUAAACCUGGGAUGAUCGAUUUGAAAGGGAAAGCCAAAUGGGAUGCAUGGGAUUCAAGGAAAGGUAUGUCAACUGAAGAUGCCAUGAAAGCCUACAUUACACUGGCCAAGCAAGCCAUCGAAAAGUAUGGAAAGUGAUGGGGGCAAAAUCAAACUAACAUCUGCAAAUUUAGAUGUAAAGAGUAUAUAGAUGUAAACAUUCACCAUGAAAACAACACGACGGGGUCACACUUUACAAUAAUGUUAAUUAAUGCAUUUACUAACAUGAACAAACAAUGAACAAUACAUUUACUACUGUAUUUGUUCAUGCUAGUUAACGUUAUUUAAUGAUAAUACAGUAGUUCAUUGUUAGUUAAUGUUAACUCAUGGUGCAUUAACUAAUGUUAACAAGCAUGGACUUGGAUGUUAAUAAUGCAUUAAUAAAUGUUCAGUUAUGAUUAAUAUAUAUCAUGUUCAUGUGUUUUUCAUGAUUAGUUCAUGUUAGUAAACGCAUAAUGAACCUUAUUGUAAAGUGUUACCCACGACCGAAACUUUAUAUAGGCUUAAUGUAAUAUAGAUGAACAAAUGACAAGAUAAUAAUCUUGGUUUUGUAGUUCUACUUCCUGAUUAUAUGUCAGGUGAGUCCUCAAGAUGGAAGCCUGUAAUCUUGCUUUUUUUAUAUUUAAAAAAAUGAGUCACUGAAUAAAGCUCAAAUAUCACUUUAA